UUUGCUUCCGUUUAAAUAAGCCUCCCGCGCGUGGGAUGGAAAUUAGUCUUCCGGUGGAACUCUGAACUGAACGCCCCCUCCCCGUGAAAAUGGCCAUCGACGGUUGUGUACGGCGUGUGGUGGUGGUGGUGUUGCUGUUGGCUUGCUUAACUGUGGCGUCUGGCUUACGCUUCCAUCUUAAUGAGCAGAAUGACAUCGCACCCAGUAGUUCCGUUGGUCGUCCGUUUUACAAGGGCGCACGUAUCGUUGGUGGCUCAAUGGCCGCAGAAGGACAGUUCCCUCAUCAGGUGGCAUUGCUGCGAUCGAACGCACUCACCUGUGGAGGAUCUUUGAUCGCUAGCCGCUGGGUGCUGACCGCCGCUCACUGUGUUUACAAUGGUGCAAUGGUUGUUCCAGCAUCCACGCUCGUUGUCUUGGCCGGAUCAGUCAACUUGAAUGCCGGUGUACGACGCACGGUAGCAAGAGUGAUACCACACGAACGGUACGGCAAUUUCCAAAAUGAUGUAGCCCUGCUGCAGCUCCAACUAUCGCUGCCCACUUCGGCCUACAUCCGACCGAUUGCCCUUCGAACGACCAGUGUCCCAGCAGGCAGUGAGAUCAUUAUCUCUGGGUGGGGUCGCACGUAUCAGGGUGGCCCAAUAUCCACCUUCCUUCGAUACAAUCGUGCUACCGUAAUCCAGGAUCAGCAGUGCCGUGCUGCGACCGGUAUUUCUAGCGGACUUAUUUGCUUUACCUCACCGGUGAAUAAUGGUGCCUGCAAUGGUGACUCUGGUGGUCCUGCCGUGCUGAACAAUCAGCUCGUCGGUGUUGCUAACUUCAUCAUCAACUACUGCGGCUCAAGCAGCCCGGAUGGGUACGCGAAGGUGUCCGACUUUGUGCCCUGGAUUCAGACAACGAUGCGCCGAUAUUAGUCAUACCGUUCGUGGGGUUUGCUGUGAUUAUUUGC